AUGGGGAACUCCAUGGGCUGCGUCCGGCCCCCCCGGGAGGGAGAGCCCGGCGCCAGCGCUGGCCCGCCGUCGCCAAGGAGACGCCUGCGCUUCAGGCGGAAGCACAAAGGCAACAAGGGCCGGCGGGGGGGGGCCGAGCGGGCCGGCGGCGAGCUCCCGGAGGAGGGUGACCACGAGCAGGAGACGGCCGCCGUGGAGCCGGACAGGACCCCCCCCCUCGGAACAGAGCCGGGGGGAGCCCAGGCCGCCGCCGCUCAGCCCCCCGACUCAGGGGGCUCCGGCCCCGGGGGGCUGCUGGGCGGCCGGGGGGGGCGCCUGGAGGCCUCCCCGGUGCCCAGCCCCGCCUGGAGGGGCGUGUUCUGCCUCCCCGGGGAGGAGGACGCCGUCAGCGGCGUGGUGGACGUGGCCAGCAUCCCCAGCCAGACCCCCAGCAGGCCGCCGGCGCCCCCCCCGCCGGGCAGCACCACCCCCGGCGGGGGCAGGGUCUGCCGGGUCAGGGAGAAGGUGCAGGGCGUGCUGGAGAAGCCCUGGAUCCUCCGGGCGAGGGGGGGCAGACGGGCGCCGUCCCAGAGGGAGCGGAGAGACAUCGUCCACAUCCGGGAGGUGGACGGAAAGCUGUGCGUGGUCAGGACGGUCGACCCCCAGGACUCCCCGCUGUGGACGGGGGAGGGGGGGGUCAGGAUACAGCUGCCGGAGCCAACCGGCGCCCCCCCGCCACCUGGCGCCCGCCCUCAGGUCCAGGACGCCGGGACCCCGGGGGGGUUCAGACUGGACCCGCCGGCGGCCUGCGCCCAGGAGAGGGCGUCCCUGUUGGAGUCGGGCUACUCCAGCGACCCCCCCAUGACCUCGCCAGAGACGGCCGGCACCACCCCCAGUCAGACCGACUGGGGGGGGCUGACCGGCAGCUCCUCAGAGAGGCUGGACUCCAUGAUGGAGAGUCCUCACCUGCCUCAGAUCUCAGAGAUCUACGUGAGCGGCGAGUCGGGCGACCUGACGGCCAAAGAGAAGCUGCUGCUGUGGAGCCAGCAGGCGACCGAGGGCUACGCCGGCCUGCGCUGCGUCAACUUCACCUCGUCCUGGAGCGACGGCCGCAUGUUCAACGCCCUGCUGCACAGAUACAGGCCCGACCUGAUCGACAUGGAGGCGGUGUCGCGGCAGAGCAACCGCGAGAACCUGGAGCAGGCCUUCGAGAUCGCCGAGUCGCUGGGGGUGACCAGGCUGCUGGACGCCGAGGAUGUCGACGUCCCAUCUCCUGACGAAAAGUCCGUCAUCACCUACGUCUCCUCAAUCUACGACGCCUUCCCUAAAAUCCCGGAGGGAGGAGAGGGCGUCUCUGCACACGAGGUGGACCAGCGCUGGUCGGAGUACCAGUCCAGGUUCUCGUCUCUGCUCCAGUGGAGCCGCCACCACACGGCCCUGAUGGCCAACAAGAACUUCCCACAAAACCCCGCAGAACUCAAGGCACUUUACAACGAGUACGUCCAUUUCAAAGAGACCGAGAUCCCGGCCAAGGAGGUGGAGAAGACACACAUCCAGCACCUCUAUAAGCUGUUGGAGGUCUGGAUCGAGUUUGGCCGCAUUAAGCUCCCUCAGGGCCUCCACCCCAACGACCUGGAGGAGGAGUGGGGCAAGCUAAUCCUGGAGAUGCUGGACAGAGAGAAGGCCCUUCGUCCGGCCGUGGAGAGGUUGGAGCUGCUGCUGCAGAGAGCCAAUAAGAUCCAGAACAUGGCGGUGGACUGCGAGGAGAAGCUCACGCUGGCUAAGAACACGCUGCAGGCUGACAUGUCCCGGGCGGAGAGCGGCGAGCCGGUGCAGUGCGAGCGGGAGCUGGCCUGCUACCUGCAGGACGGCGAGGCCGCCAUCCGACAACUCAACCAGGAGCUCAAGGGCCUCCGGGAGGAGAGGUACUUCCAGGUGGAGCAGCUGGCCUUCAGGGUCUCCUGCCUCCAGGAGGAGCUGGUCUCCCUCAGGCUGCAGUGCUCGAGCGUCUAUAAGAAGGGCGACUUCUCUCAGGCUCUGGGCGGUGGGCCGGAGCUCACCGGCCUCAGGGCCCCCGACGGCGGCCUCUCUCUGGGCCGGACGCUGCUGGGCGCCGUGGGGGCCGCGGGCGCCGCCCUGCUGCGCCGGCCCAUGGCGCGCUCCCAGCUGGUGGCCAUGUCGUCAUCGGAGGACGAGGGCAGCCUGAGGUUCAUCUACGAGCUGCUGGGAUGGGUGGAGGAGACGCAGGAGAUGCUGGAAGGCGCCGACUGGGGCGCCGACCUCCCGUCUGUGGAGGCCAACCUGCAGAAGCAGAGCGCCAUCCAGGGCGCCGUGGAGGAGCUGAUGAGCGGGCUGCAGGAGGCGCGCAGCUACGAGGCUAAAGUCUCCCCAAACUUCAAGGGCAGCUACUCGGAAACGCUGGCUAAACUGGAGCUCCAGUACUGCAAACUGCUGGAGCAAUCGUCAUGGCGCCUGCAGAGUUUGGAGAGCCUGCAUGCGUUUGUGUCGCACUGCACCGAGGAGCUGAUCUGGCUCAACGAGAGGGAGGAGGAGGAGCUGGCCUUCGACUGGAGCGAGGGCAACGCCAACAUGGCCGCCAAGAGGGAGAUCUACAGCGAAAUGAGGCUGGAGCUGGCAGAAAAACAGGAAGUGAUGCGGUCCCUCCAAGAGACGGCCAGCCGACUGUGCCAGGAGAACCACCCGGCCAAGCAGACGGUAGAGGCCUACAGUGCGGCCCUGCAGACCCAGUGGCAGUGGGUGGAGCAGCUGUGUGUGUGUGUGGAGCAGCACCUGAAGGACAAUACGGCUUACUUCCAGUUCAUGAGUGACGCCCGGGACUGUGAGUCCUACCUGCGGCAGCUCCAGGAGACCAUCAAGCGCCAGUACACCUGUGACAAGACCAGCAGGCUGAGCAAGCUGGAGGACCUGCUCCAGGACUCCAUGGAGGAGAAGGAGCAGCUGAUCCAGUACCGGGGCACGGUGGCCGGCCUGGUGGGCCGGGCCAAGUCGGUGGUGCAGCUCCGCCCCCGCGGCGCCGAGGCCCCGCUGGGCGCCGCCACGCCCGUCCGGGCCAUCUGCGACUACAGGCAGAUCGAGAUCACGAUCAGCCGAGGAGAGGAGUGCGUGCUGGAGGACAACUCCCAGAGGACCAAGUGGAAGGUGAUCAGCCCCACAGGGAACGAGGCCAUGGUUCCCUCGGUGUGCUUCAGCGUGCCCCCCCCCAACCAGGAGGCCAUCGACACGGCCGGCAGGACCGAGCAGCUGUACCAGAAGGUGAUGGCCCUGUGGCACCAGCUGCAUGUCAACAUGAAGAGCCUGGUGUCCUGGCACUACCUGCUCAAAGACCUGCGCACCGUCUCCGACUGGACUCUGGACUCGGUGCGCGUCCAGGCCCCGGCCGAGCGGCAGCAGGCGCUGGAUCACCUGGAGGCCCAGCUGGCCGACUUCCUGGAGGACAGCAGGGACAGCCCCCUGUUCACGCCGGCCGACCGGGCGGAGCUGCAGGAGGCCGUCCAGGAGGCGCAGAACCACUGCCGCGAGCUGCUGCUGCACAUGGAGACCGAGGAGAAGGACGAGUCGGCGUCCCGCUCCUUCCUGUCGGAGCUGAACGGCAUCGGCCUCCGUCUGGACGAGGCCGAGCGCCGCCUGCUGCGGGGCAUAGAAACCCCGCCCCCCUCACGGCCGGCGGGCGCCGCCGUGGACGCCGCCGUGCAGAUCGGCGAGCAACAGACGCUGCAGUCGGAGCUGGACGGCGUGCGCCGCAGCCUGGGCGACGUCUCCCGCCGCUGCGCCUCCUUCCUCCAGGACAAGCCGGCGGCGUCCCCCGGCGGCGCCGCCCUGCAGACCGAGCUGGACCGGGCGCUGGACCGGACCGACCGGCUGCACGGCCUCUCCACCGCCUACCUGGAGAAGUUGAAGACGGCGGAGUUGCUGGUGCGACGCCUGGACGAGGCGGAGGGCCACGUCAGGAGGUUUGAGAGCAGGCUGAGCGAGGAGGACGCCGUCCCCGCCGACACGGCGGCCAUCCAGAGCCUCACCGAUCAGCUCGGGCGGUGGCAGGCCGAGCUGUCCCAGCAGGACCACACCUUCCAGGCCCUGCAGGAGGAGGCGGGCCGGGCCGGGGAGGCGGGGUCUCGGCUCGGCCGGCUCCACGCCGCCCGCAGCCCGGAGCUGGAGCGCUACCAGGAGGAGGCCGGCCGGCUGGCGGAGAGGUGGAGCGGCGCCCGGAGGCAGAUGGAGACCCGAGGGGCGGAUCUGGAGGCUCUGGCCGCGGCGCUGCAGCAGUACAGAGACGGCCACUCGGCGCUGAUCCGCUGGAUCGAGGAGACCACCCAGAGGCAGGAGGGCGCCCAGCCCAGCCGGACGGACAGCAGGGCACUGUCCGAGCAGCUGGCCCAGCAGACGGCGCUAGUGGCCGAGAUUGAGCAGAACCAGAGCAAACUGGACCAGUGCCAGACGUACUCCAAACAGUACUGCGCCUCAGUGAAGGACUACGAGCUCCAGCUGAUGACCUACAGAGCCUUUGUGGAGUCCAUGCACAAGUCGCCGGUCAAGAGGAGGAGGAUGCACUCCUCGUCUGACACCAUCACUCAGGAGUUCAUGGACCUGCGCACGCGCUACACGGCCCUGGUCACUCUGACCACGCAGCAUGUGAAGUACAUCAGCGACGCCCUGCGGCGGCUGGAGGAGGAGGAGGGACGGGCCGGCGGGCCCAGCGCCGAGUCCUCGCUCGCCGCCCAGCAGGCCAUCAGUGAGCAGCUGGCGGGCAGGAAGGAGCAGGUGGCCGAGGCCAUAAGGAGCACACAGGUCUUUCUUCUGUCCAAACAAGCCAGCAAGUUGUCCCCAGAGGAGCGCGCUCAGGUGGAGGCUCAGCUGGACGAGCUGACGGCCGCCUACGACCAGCUCCGGCAGAGCUCCAGCCAGCAGCUGCAGCAGCUGGAGCAGCAGCUGGCCAAGGAGGAGGAGAGAAAGGACCAGGCUGCCGUGGCCGGCGUGAUCGACCUGGGAACGGUGGAAACCUUCUCGGUGUUCCAGGCCGCCCGGCGAGGCCUGAUCGAUCAGGACAGCUGCCGCACCCUGCUGGAGGCUCAGCUGGUUCUGGGCGGGCUCCUCCAGCCCGACUCCCCGCUCCCGCUCUCCCUGGAGGAGGGCCUGGCUCGAGGCCUGGUGAACGAGCACGGCAGGCGCUCCCUGUCCGAGCUGGAGGAGGCCCUGGGCUCGCUGGAGGGGGCCCUGGGCCCCCCCGGCUCGGCGCCAUUGCUGCCGGCCGUUGCAGCUGUGGAGGCGGGGCUAAUCCGGGAAGAGGUGGGGCUGCGCAUUCUGGAGCUCCAGAUGAGCAGCGGCGGCCUGAGAGACUCCUCCGGGAACCUCCUGAGCCUGGAGAGGGCGGAGGACCGGGGGCUGCUGCCCCCCCGGGUGUCCGGCGGGCUGCAGGCCAGGCGGCAGCGCCGGGAGCUGCUGGACCCCAACACGGCCGAGAGCGUGAGCCUGGCGGAGCUGCGGCGCCGCUGCGUCCCGGGGGGGGACGGCUCGGGCCCGCCGCUGCUGCCCGUCCGGCAGCGGGCCGGCGGCGGCGUCCGCCUGCGCUCGGGCCGGACGGUGGGCGUGUUCCGCGCCGUCCAGGAGGGGCUGGUGGAGCGCGGCGUCGGCGUGCGGCUGCUGGAGGCCCAGCUGUUCGCCGGCGGCGUGGCCGACCCGCGCUGGGGCCACCGGCUGGCGCUGGGCGAGGCCGUGCGCCUCGGGCAGCUGGACCAGGAGCUGGCCGGCGCCGUGCUGGCGCGGCAGCUGCGGGGGGGCGGCGUCGUGGACCCGCUCAGCGGCGAGCGGCUGGACCUGGAGGAGGCUGUCCGAAGGGACCUGCUACCCCCCCGGCUGGGCCUGCUGGCCCUGGACGCUCUGGGGGCCUUCCUGGGACUCCUCUGGCCCGAGUCGGGGGAGCUGCUGCCCAUCGGAGAGGCUCUCCAGCAGGGACUGGUCUCGGGGGACCUGGCCAGGGACGUCCUGAGGCAGAGGCACACCGUCGGGGGUCUCUACAGACCGGAGACCCUGCAGGUACUGCCCCUGGACGAGGACGCAGAGGACACCCUCCAGCCCGCCGCUAUCCGCUGCCUCCAAGACAUCCACAUCCCAGAUGUUCUGCCUGAUGUGAACCGGGCGGGGACGCCGUCUCUGAAGCCCCCCGGCUCCUCCCCAGGUCCAGAUCCUGCAGAGCCAGCCAGGCACAGGCUGCUGGUCCAUCUCAUGACCCACAGCUACGUGGACGCUGGCUCCGGCCGGCGGCUGGUGCUGCUCGACCCACAGCUGGAGGCCGUGGUCAGAGCCACAGCCGGGCAGCCUCCCAGCAGCUCGGAGCGGCAGGAGGGUCCAGUCGGACGGUUUAGUGGGUCUGAAGAAGCUGCAAAUGGAGGAGGACUGGAAGUGGGAGGCUUAAAGGGGAAAGGACCAGAGCCGAGGGGACGGGUGACAGACCAGAUCAGCCCAAAUGUGGACAUCUCAGAGGCUGGAAAACCAGAUGUGGAUGUUACAGAAACUGGAAAAAGAGAUGUGGAUGUUACAGAGGCUGGAAAACCAGAUGUGGGAGAGUCUCGGGUCGAUAAACCAGAUGUGGCCGCCUCAGAGGCUGCUGAACCAGAUGUGGCCGUCUUAGAGACUGGUAAACCAGAUGUCAGAGAGUCUUGGCUCGUUAAACCAGAUGUGGCCGUCACACAGGCUGAAGAACCAGAUGUGGCCGUUUCAGAGGCUGCUGAACCAGAUGUGGCAGAGUCUCAGCUCAAUAAACCAGAUGUCUCCAUCUCAGAGACUAGUAAACCAGAGUCUCGGGUCGAUAAACCAAAUGUGGCUUUCUCAAAGGCUGGAAAACCAGAUUUGGAUGUUACAGAGACUGGAAAAACUGAUGUUAAUGUAACAGAGUCUGGAAAACCAGAUAUGGGAGAGUCUUGGCUCGUUAAACCAGAUGUGGUCGUUAAACAGGCUGAAGAACCAGAUGUGGCCAUCUCAGAGGCUGGUAAACCAGAUAUGGCAGUUUCAAAGGCUGCUGAAGCAGAUGUGGCUGUCUCAGAGGCUGAAGAACCAGAUGUGGCCGAGUCUCGGGUCAAUAAACCAGAUGUGGCCAUCCCAGAGACUAGUAAACCAGAUGUGUCCGAAUCUCGGGUCGUUAAACCAGAGGCUGAAGAACCAGAUGUGGCCAUCUCAGAGACUGAAAAACCAGAUGUGGUCAUCUCAGAGACUUGUAAACCAGAUGUGGCCCAGUCUCAGGUUGUCAAACCACAUGUGACUGAAGAACCAGAUGUGGCCGUCUCAGAGACUGCUGAACCAGAUGUGGAUGCGUCCCUGGGGGCUGACCCAGGCGUGGGGCGGCCGGGGGAGGAGGCGGAGCUGCAGAGGCUGGUCCUGGAGCUCCGGCAGGGCGGCCUGCUGACGGAGGACGGGGGCCGGCUGCUGCCGGACGAGGCGGUGGCCCAGGGCCUCCUGCCGGGCCACACGGCGGUCAGACUGAUGGCCCAGGCCGGCCUGUUCGGGGGCUUCCUGGACGCGGGCAGCGGGCAGGCGCUGAGCCUGGAGGAGGUCCUGGAGGAGGGGCUGCUGGACGAGGACCUGAUGUGGAGCGUCCUGAAGUCGGAGAAGACGCUGGCGGGCGUGGUGGACGCGGAGAAGAGGCAGAUCCGCGGGGUGAGGGACGCGGCCUGCGCCGGGCUGAUCGACGCCGGCACGGCCGAGCGCCUGCUGGAGGCCCAGGUGGCGUCCGGGGGGGUCGUGGACCUGCGCAGGGACAAGAGGGUCUCUGUGACCCUGGCGUCCAACCUGGGGCUGAUCGGACCCGACCAGACAGAGGAGCUGGUGGCUCUGGAAAAGGCCUGCAAGGGGAGGGGCUCCGACCCCGCAGCCGCCCUGAAGAGGGCCAGCCUGCAGCUGCAGACGGGGGGGCUGCUGGACCCAGAGACCGGGCGGCCGCUCCCCCUGGAGCAGGCGGUCCAGAGGCGCCUGCUCACGCCGGAGGAGGCCUACGCGGCGCUGGCCCGGCAGGUGGCCGACGGCGGGGUGCUCCACCACGCCUCGGGGGUGCGGCUGCCGGUGGGCGAGGCGGUGGACCGAGGCCUGGUGGACCGGGCCGUCGCCCCCGGCCUCCAGGAGCUGGAGCAGGCCUACCGGGGGGGGGCGGGCGCCACCGGCCGCCCGGAGGCCGUCCUGUUCCAGGCCCAGGGCGGCGCCGUGUCCGACCCCGACUCCGGGCACCGGCUGACGCUGACCGAGGCCGUUGCCAAGGGGCUGCUGGACGCCGCCGCCGCCAAAGACAUCAUGGCGUCGCCGGCGGCGAGGAGGGGCGCCGUGGACCCGCAGACGGCCCUUAUCGUGCCUUACGCGCAGCUGGUCAGCCAGGGCCGGAUCGACGUGGAGACCGGGAGGCGCUUCCUGGAGGUGGGGCCGUUCAGCGGCGUGCUGGGGGCGGCGGCCGAACGGCUGACGCUGCCCCAGGCCGUGGCGUCCGGGCGGGUGGACCCCGGCCCGGCGCUCAGGCUGCUCCAGAGCCAGGCCGACAGCGGCGGCAUCGUGGACAUCGCCUCCGGGGAGCGGCUCCCGCUGCCCGAGGCCUCCCGGAGGGGGCUGGUGGGGGCGGACAUUCUCAGAGAGAUCGCCACGGAGCAGCUUCUGAGAGGCGGCCUGGUGGAUCCGGCCACCGGACAGAGAGUCCCCAGCCUCAGCGACGCCGUCCGGCUGGGACUGCUCUCUGAAGACACGGCUCUGGAGAUCCAGAGGGACGGGGCGGUGUCGGGGAGGAGCUCGGAAAGCCGGUCAGAUGGCGACGCUUCACUGCUACAGGAUUCAGCCACACCGGGAGCAGAACCAGAACCAGAACCGACCCUGGACACCAUGGACGUCUUAUCCGAGUUUGCAGCUAAUGUGGAGAAGAGAGUCCAGCAGGCUAUAGAGGAGAUCUCCCAGAAGGACUCAGAGAGGGGAGACGAGGGGCCACAGGGAGGUGAGAGGAGAGCUGAGGCUGGAGGACCAGAAACGGAAAACAGCAACCAGGUUUCUGAGGAGGAAAACCGGACAGCUGGAGGUCCAGAUGUGAGCGGAGAUGCUUUAGCAGCACAAAUAGAUGACGUGGAGGAGAGAGGCGAAGAGGCAGAGGAAAGUGUGGAGGUCAACACCGGCAUCCAGGUGGAGCUCCACGUGGAGCCGGAGGCCAAAGGCAAAAAGAAGAAGAGGAAUAAGAAGAGAGCUAAAGUUAAAGAAUCAGAAACGGAGAGCAAACAUCCAGAUGAGCUGGCAGCACAGGACUUUUUGAAGAAGGCUGCCCCCCCUGAAGAGAGGGAACCAGGUACUGACGGGAGCUUAGAGAGAGAAAGUGAUGAAGUCAUAGGGAAAAUGGAGGAGGUUUCUGCUCAUCAGCCAGAGAAGGAGAUGAGAAAAGAUGAAGCAAAGAGAGGAGAAGAGUGUGAAGAAGCAGAGAGGAAGGAGGAUGUGAAGGAAAGGGCGGGGCCUCAGAAGUCCACCCUUCCGGAUGAGGAGAAAGCAGCCCUGGUUCUGAAAGCAAAAGAGGGCAUCCUUAAGAAGGUGUUUGGGAAAGGAGUGAGUGGGAGACAGGCCGGCGAGGAGCUGGAGGCUCUGCGCAGAGAGGCGGGGAGGAAGGAGGGGGGCCGAGGCCCCGCCGAAAGGGAAGGACAGGAGCAAAGUGACCGGGAAGUUUGGGGACCGGGGGGGGCCGAUGCUGCCUCCAGACCCAGCGGGGAGCAAACGGCUGCCAGGGAGGGCGACAGGAGGCUGGACGAGGCACCCAGAGAGGAAAAGCCUGUCCAGGCCACUCCGGGGGGGGAAGAAACGGGAAGAGACGAUGUGGGAAAGACGGCUUCAGAGGCCCAGCCGGAUGGAAGGAGCAAGUCGAGGGCUCAAAGGGCAGAGGACCCUAAAGCCGACCCAGAACCUGGAGCUGCCGGCCAGUCUGAAGCCCCCACAGACCAGGCAGCCACAAAGAGGAAGAAGAAGAAGAAGAGGCGCCAAGAAGCCGAGUCCGGUACCAAAGAAGCCGAGUCCGUUACCAAAGACGCCUCCGAGUCUGUGAGGAAGCAGCAGCAGCAUCUGGAGUCUUCAGGACCAGCUGCGCCCCCCUCAGAGGAUCAUUCAGGGGAGUCGGAAUCCCCCAGAACUGCAGAAUCUGGUCCAGAAGAAGAAGGAGAGAGCGCCAGGAGUGUGUCGGACAAGGAGGAGGCGAAGGCCCAGAAGCCGUCCCUGACGCGGCAGGAGUGCCUGGAGCGGGACCAGCGGGCCGUGGCCCUGCUGUCCACGGUGCGCCACAUCCAGGUCCGGCUGAAGCAGCAGCAGCAGCAGCAGGCGGCCGGACGCGGCCUGCUGGCGCUGGACGACGUCAUCCGCCAAGCCCAGACUCUGGAACAGGAGCUGCUCGACCUGGAGCCCCAAAUCAAGCAGGAAGUGGAAGCUGGCGAGCGCCUGCUGACGCCCCGGCCCGCGGACGUCCCCCCCCAGCUGCUAUUGGCUCUGGAGAAGGACGGGCGGAGCCUGGCCCGGGGCUACGAGGUGGCCAGAGCCCUCUGUGAGGACGUCCUGGGGGCUCUGCGGGGCCACAGGGACUCGCUCCAGGACGCAGUGGCGGCCGAGCAGCAGGCUCUGAGCCGGCAGGCGGACGGGCUGCUGGCCUGGUUGAAGGAGGCCGAGGCCCAGAUGGACAGAGGGGAGAAGACGGAGGCAGAAGAGACUCAGGACCGGCUCGCACAGGAGCUGAAUAUCUGCAAAGAGCUCCAGGCGGCGCUGGCGGCUCGCUCCGGCGAGGUGGAGGCCGUGGCGUUGGGCCUGCAGGAGUUCCUGUCGGAGCGGGCGCAGGACCUGCGGCCGCCGCAGAGCAGGCAGCUGCUGGGGCAGCUGCAGCAGCUGCAGGGGGCCUUCCACAGGGCCGGGGGCCGGGCUCAGGCCUGGGCCGACGCCCUGGCCGCCCAGAGGGCCAGGGACCAGGAGGCGGGCAGAGAGAGGAAGAUGGCGAGGGACAGAGAGGUUUGGAGAGACCAGCGCCUGCUUCUGCGUAACGGCGUUCGGCUGGAGCCGCCCAGCCGCUCGCCAUCUAACCGCCACCGCGGCCCGGUCCAGUCCCUCCACAGAGCCUUUCUCUUGUGUGUGUGUGCUCCUCCGCUUGCGGUCCAGCAGCAGAAAGCCGAAUGCGCUCAGAAGCUGGAAGGCCUCAACCUGUGGUUGGCCGGAGCAGCCAGUUCGCUGGCCAAUCAGAGGGCCGGAACCGAGUCGGACGACGUGAGCGUCCUGCGAGAGAAGCAGAAAAAACUGAAGGACGUGCAGAAAGACGUCCAGACGAAAGGCGAGGGCAUAGCGGAGGCCAUCCGGUCGGUGGAGGAGCUGCUGGAGCGGGCGGAGGGUCUGAGCCCGGGGGAGAGGGAGGAGCUCCAGGGGGCGCUGGCCAGGCUGAGGGCGCAGUACGGCGCCCUGACGGAGGGGGCCAACGCAUCGCUGUCCCAGGUGGAGGCGGCCAUCAGCACCACGGAGCAGCAGAACUCCCAGAGGGCGAAAGCAGAGGAGGAUCUCCAGGAGACCCAGAGCCAGAUAGGCUCCCUCCUGAAGGAGCUGUCCUCCCUGAACCAACCGGGCACCCGAGCCGCUGGUUCUGGAGCGGUUCUGAGCGUCACCGAUUCUCCCUUCUCACAGCCAGAGGGCGCUGUGACGUCCCACACAGAAAUGCUGCAGGAGGAGCUCCAGCAGCUCCAGGCUCAGCAGGCGCAGCUGCUGCAAAUCAGCCAAUCGACGCGCUCCCUUUUGGAGCAGCCCGACUCCUCGGUGCCCCCCGAGGAGAAGCGGCGGCUGCGGGCCGCCCUGGACCAGCUGCAGGCCCAGCACCAGGACCGGCUGCAGAGCUGCCAGGACCGGCUCAGGAAGUCGGAGGCGCUGAAGGACGAGCUGGCCAAGUUCCUCCAGGAGCACGGCGGCCUGGGCGGCUGGCUGGAGCAGAGCGAGCAGGAGCUGCGCUCCUUGGGGGAAGGAGAGACCGACGCCCAGGGGCUGAAGGACAGGCUGGAGGAGCACAGAAAGCUGGCCGAGGACGUCAUCUGCCACAAAGCGGACCUGCGCUUCGUCUCCAUCUCGGGGCAAAAGGUCCUGGACUCGGUCCAGGGGGCCCUGGAGCAGGCCGGGGGAUCGGACCCGGCUCUGGAGGGCACCAAACAGCUGGUGGCCGACAAGCUGCAGGACGCCAACCACAGAUACACCGCCUUACACACCAAGUCCACAGAGCUGGGGGGCCGACUGUCCGGCCUGCUGGAGCGGUACCAGCAGUACCAGGAUGAGGUGGUGUCCCUCCACUCCUGGCUCAGCGCUCAGGAGCAGAACCAGAGCGUAGCCAGGUCCAGCGGAGACACCGACCCCCAGAACCUCCAGAGCACCCUGAGACAAGUCCAGCUGCUCCAGGACCAGCUGGCCGAGCGCUCUGUGCAGCUGGAGAGGGCUAGGCGAGCUGGGAGGGAGCUGGUGAGCGCUGACGAGUCCCCGUCCCUGAAGGCCGUGGACAUCCUCUGCGCCGCAGACGGCCUGGAGAAGCGGUUCGGCAGCCUGUCGGCGGCGGUGUCGGCGCGGGCCGAGCAGCUGCAGACGGCGGUGGCGCAGUCGGUCAGCGUGCAGGAGGGCCUGAGGGGGCUGCUGGGCUGGCUGGAGACGAUGGCCGUCGCCCCCGGACCCGUGGAGCCCACCGCACAGGCCGUCCAAGAGGCACUGACCCAGAACCAGAAACUCCGGCAGGAGCUGCUGUCCAGGCAGGGCAGCAUGGAAGCGACCCGGGAUUCGGUUUCCAGGCUCCUCCAGAGCUCGGACGCCUCCACGGCGUCCGGCCUGCAGGGCAGCCUGGACCAGCUGACUCAGCGCUACGCCGCGGCUCAGGCCAGCCAGGCCGAGCAGGAGGCCGAGCUCAAGGCGCUGCUGCCCAAGCUGGAGAGCUACGAGCGGCUGGGAGCAGACCUCCAGGGCUUCGCCCAGAGCCGGCUCAAGGCCCUGAGCCCGGCCGGCCAGCCGGACCGCGGCGUGGACGACUACAGGCAGACCAUCCAGGAGGUCCGGUCCGAGCUGGAGCAGGAGGCGGGCCAGCUGAAAUCCUUCUGUGGCCUGGGCACCGAGCUUAGCCAAUCGAAAGCCUUCAGUCACACCCAGAGCGUCCUGGAGCGCGUGAGAGACGUGACCGACGAGUUCACCAGGCUGGAGGAAAACGUCAGCGAGAGGUUCGCUGCCGUCCAGGCUUGCCAGCAGCAGCUGCUGCAGUUCCGCGGCCUGUCGGGCUCCCUGGCCCGGUGGCUCCAGACGGCUCAGGACCAGCUGCCCUGCAAAGAGGCCGGACUGGACACCGAGGGGCUGCAGAGGAGGGUCCAGCAGCUAAAGGACCUGCUGAGUGACUGGGAGUCUCAGGGCUCCAGAGUCCAGGAGCUGAACAGGACGGGCUCAGAGCUGGAGACCCUCAUCAUCGAUGUCACCGCUCCUCAGAGCAAAACUGGUGCGCCCCACAUCAACGGCUCGGGGGGUCCCGGCAGUGUGAACGGCAUUCACACCUGUAAAGACCUGACCGAGCUCCAGCUGGCGGUGUCGGACGUGAACGCGCGGUACGACGGGCUCGGCGGGGAGCUGAGGGAGCGCCUGGGCCGGCAGCAGGCCUCCCUGGAGCUGAGGCAGAAGGCCCGGCAGGCCGGCCAGGAGCUGCAGACCUGGCUGAGCAACAGGGAGCAGAGCCUGAAGCAGGGGCAGGCCGCCUCGCCGUCCCGCCCCGAGCUGGUGCGCGCUCAGGCCCAGGAGAACAAGGCUCUGCUCUCACAGCUGGCAGAGCACUCCGGGAAGGUGGAGGAGCUGAAGAGCACACUGAGGAAACUCAUCGCUGACAACCCCGACUCUCCAGAGGCCGACAGCUGGAGACAGCAGCUGCAGGAGAUAGAUUCUCGCUGGCAAACGGCCAAUCAGACGGCGGCUCAGAGGCAGGCGGAGCUGGAGACGUGCGCCGACCGGCUGGGCAGCUUUGCCUCGGCGGCGUCCCAGCUGGGCCCCUGGCUGAGGGAGAAGGAGCUGAUGAUGAGCGUGCUGGGCCCCCUGAGCAUCGACCCCAACAUGCUGAGCACGCAGCGGCAGCAAGUCCAGUUCAUGCUGCGCGAGUUUGAGACGCGGCGGCCGCAGUUCGACCAGCUGACGCAGUCGGCCGACGGCAUCCUCUGCCCCACCGGCGACGCCGCCCAGGACCCCAAGGACCUGGAGGAGGUGCGGAUGGAGCUGGGCUCCAUCUCCCAGCAGUGGGAGGACCUCACAAGCAGGCUGACGCAGAGGUCCAACCACAUCGAUCAGGCCCAGGGAACCAGCGAGCGCUACCAGGCCCUGCUCAGAGAGCUCUCCUCUAGCGUUGCGGCUCUGGGUGAGAGGCUGGACGCUCAGGCCUCACUCAGCGCUCAGCCCGAGGCGCUGAAACGCCGGCUCCAGGAGACCGGCGAGAUCCGAUCAGAACUGGAGCGAAGACGGGCAGAGCUGGCCGAGGCCGAGAAGCUCUGCCAGGAGCUGAGCGCCAUCGUGGUGGAGCCCUACCUGAGGGAGGAGCUGAGCAAACGGCUGGAGAGCGUCAGCGGGCCGCUGAGGAGUCUGGAGGAGCGAGCAGCCGACGGCCUCUCCCAGCUCCAGGCCGCCCUGUCCUCCACCCAGCAGUUCCAGCAGAUGUUCGAGGAGCUGCGCUCCUGGCUCGACGGGCACUCGGACCCCCGGGAAACCUCCGGCGCGUCCCUGCCCUGCCGGCCGGCGGCCAUCAGGGCCCUGCUGGCCCAGACGGAGGAGCUGCAGCGGGGCGUGGCCGGCCAGCGGGGCUCCUACGAGCUGAUCCAGGCCGAGGGCGUCUCGCUGCUGGCCACGCUGCCGGCCGACGAGCGCUCGGCCCUGCAGGCCCGGCUGGCCGCCCUGCGGCAGGACUGGGAGGAGCUGAACCAGCGGGCGUCGGAGCGCGAGGGCCAGCUGAGGGGCACGCUGAGCCGAGCCGAGGCCUACCAGCAGCACAAGGCCGAGCUCUGCCCCUGGCUGGCCGAGUGCGAGGGCAAGGACGCGGACACCCGGCCGUCCCUGCAGCCCUCGGCCCUGGAGGAGGCCCUGCACCAGGCCCGAGCUCUGUCCCUGGACCUGGAGAAGCGGCAGCCCCUCCUGGAGGCCUUCAACACGGCGGCCGACCAGCUGCUGGAGCAGUGCUGCAUCGGGGAGGAGGAGGUGAGAGAUGAGAAGGCCCAGCUGAACCGCAGGGUGGACGCGCUGAGCGAGACGCUGCUGAGCCGCACCUCUCAGCUGGAGGAACUCGCCAGCCGUCUGAAGGAGUUCGAGGAGGGCAGGCAGUCCGUGGAGAGGAGGCUGGAGGCCGCCAGGCACCAGAUCGAAGUCCAGGAGGCCUUAGGACCUCAGGCCUGCAGCGCUAAGAGCCUGGAGAGGCUGAGGAGCCAACAGGAGAGCCUGAGCUCCCUGCAGCCUCAGGUGGUCUACCUCAGAGACCUGGCUCAGGGCCUGGUGCAGGACGCCCCCCAAACACCAGGGGGCAGCACAGAGGGGGCUCAGAGGCUCCAGGACCAGGCCGGAGACACAGAGAGAGCAUACCAGGACGUCACUGACAAGGUGGAGCUGUGCUGCUCCUCCCUGGAGUCCCGGCUGCAGGGCGUCGGUGAGGUCCAGGCUCACGUCCGGGACGUCUUCUCCCGGCUCGCCGACCUGGACGACGAGCUGGACUCGCUGAGUCCGGUGGGGCGGGACGCGGACUCGCUGGCCUCGCAGGCGGACGCCGUCCGGAGCUUCCUGUCCCGGCUGGGCGACCUGAGGGCCGAGCUGGAGGGCCACGCGGCGGAGUGCUCCAGCAUGCUGCGCCAGGAGGGAUCCUCCCCGGACCUGCUGGCCCUCCGGCGGGAGACGGAGGCCCUGAGCCGCCAGGCCGGAAAGCUCAGUGAGCGGGGACAGGCCCGGCUGGACCAGAUCCAGGACGCCGCCGGCCGGGUCCAGGACUUCUACAGGCUGGUGGCGGAGCUGCAAGGCAUGCUGGGAAGAGCCGAGGAGGGGCUGGACGCACAGGGCGUGGUCGGCACCGAGGUGGAGACCAUCAAGCUGCAGCUGCAGGAGUUCAAGGUAGGAGCACCUCGGGGCCGCGGCUUUGUGGGCGCUUUGGUCCUGGAGGACGGGGCAAAGCCUGUUUUUGUUGCUGCUUUUCUCGUGGUUGAAACCAGCGAGCAGAUGAGACGCCGCUCUCAGCAGCUGGAGCUCUGUGUGGUGGAUUCAAAGCCCUCUGGGAGCAGCUUACACGGCCUCCAUCGCUUCUUCUCCUGCCGCGGCAUCGCUCUGGCCGUGGAGACCUUCUGGAGGAGGGGCCACAGGGAGAUCACCGUGUUCGUCCCCCAGUGGCGGCAGAAGAGGGACCGGCUCACAACAGCGUUCCUCCUCUCUGCUUAUAAGCAGAGACUCUGCGACUUCUGCAGGCCACCGAUUGGCCAGGGAGUGCUUUAUGAGGAGCCCAUGACUUUCAAAAGCCUAGAGGCGGCUGGCUGUGCUGAUCUCACACACUCUGAGUCAUGGAAAAAGGGCGUUCGACAGACUUCAGGAUCUAAAAGCAGCUCUGGCUGCCAUCAGAGCCGAACAGGGACAGGCUGCGGAUUCCUGAUUCACGCCCCAGAAGAUAACACCAAAGUGGCUCAGCAGGCCACGACUGAUCAGCAGCAGUGGAGCGAUGCUGAUCGUCCCUCUGGGCAGGAGGCCGUUCUGAGGGAGGGGAACAGGGAGGAAAGGCCAGCUCUGAUGGAGGGAUGGAUCCUCACUCCCACACUUUUUUAA